AUGCAACUCAACAUCGCUUACGUCGUCGCCGGUCUUCUUGUCUUCGUUUCAUCAAACUUUGGUGAAGCCGAUGCUCGUAUGAUGACUACUAGCCACAAAGGCGCAGAAGCUCACCUUGAACACAAACGUCAAGCAGUUGGGUAUGUCCCACACACUGCUGCUGCUAAUGGCGGCUCCAACAACGCCACCACUGCUCAACCAGCUAUGGGAAGCGGAACCGUUCAUAACGUGGCAGCCAUGCCUUCAUCACCGAACAUGGAAUCCGUCAAGAGCUCUCCUCAAAACUCGGGUUCAAUUGUUUCGCCUAUUUCCAAGGCACCCGUCUCUGCUGCCACCCCACCGCCUCCCUACUCGCCGCGUCCUAACGCUCCAGUCGGAGGUCCAAUCCCUGCAGCUUCAACCCCAGAAAUCGUCUCACCGACUUUGACGCGUCCUGUUGGCGUACCUAUUUCACCCUCUUCAGGAGCUGAACGUCCAAUGCCAAUACUUGUUGGCGGUGGACAAACCAACGGCUCAUCCAGUGCCCCUUACCACGGAAAUCCCAUCACCGCCCCAACUACCGAGGCUUCUUCUGCCCCAUCAGCAAGCAGACCCAUUGUCCCGUUAGCUGGUUCCGUAUCUUCGCCAGUCGGUGACGUCAACGGAUCACCCGUCCCUAUCCCAUCAGCCGGUGCACGAGGGACACCCAUUCCAUUUGGAAACAACGCUCCUCUCCCGAUUGCUGGGCGACCACUUGUUGUGCCGGGCGUCGGCUUUGCAGGACCUGGUCCUAUCGUCGGAGCACCCAUUGUUGGACUUGGUGGACCUUCAGCAGGCUUUGCUGCUGGACAACACGUUGGUGUUGGAGCACAAGUUGGCCAAGGAGUUGGCGUUGGCCCAGCAGGUGUCGGAGCCGGUGCUGGUUUCGGUGCUGAAGCCAACGUCGGUCAACAUGCUGGUGUUGGUCCGGUAAUCAGCGGACCUGGUGCCGGCUUAGGUGCCGGAGCCCACUUUGGAGCUGGUGUCGAACAACACGUUGGGAUUUUCAACAGUGCUGGUCAAGCUCUUGGUGGCUUAGGCGCUGACCAAUCUAUUGGAGCUGGUGCUGGAGUCGGUGUUGGAGUCAGGCAGUCAGUCGGCAACGGCGUUGGGCUUGGUACUUUCCCCGGUGCUGGGCUUGGUGCUGGAGCCGGUGCUGGAGUAGGUGCUGGAUUCCAUGCUGGUGCAGGAGUCGACCAACAUGUCGGAGGAGCUGGUCUAGGUGCCUUCCAAGGUGCUGGAUUCAAUGCUGGCGCUGGUUUAGGUGCUGGGGUUGAACAACACGUCGGUUCUGCUCAAGGCUUAGGUGCUGGUGUAGGCGCUGGUCAAUUCGUAGGAGGUGGUGCUGGAUUCGGUACAGCAGCUAGGCAAUCAGUUGGUAGCGGUGCCGGGCUUGGUGCUUUCCAAGGUGCCGGAUUCAACGCUGGAGCCGGUGUAGGCGCUGGAGCCGGUGCUGGACUUGGAGCUGGAGCAGGUGCAGGUGCAGGAUUCCAUGCUGGAGCAGGAGUUGACCAACAUGUUGGCGGUGCUGGCCUAGGUGGUUUCCAAGGUGCAGGAUUCAAUGCUGGUGCAGGUCUAGGUGCUGGUGUCGAACAACACGUCGGCGCUGGUCAGGGUCUAGGUGCUGGAGUCGGCGCUGGGCAAUUUGUGGGAGGAGGCGCUGGGCUUGGUGCUGGCGUAAGACAAUCAGUCGGUAGUGGCGUCGGUCUCGGUGCAUCCCAAGGUGCUGGAUUCAACGCUGGAGCUGGUGUAGGUGCCGGUGCCGGUGUAGGUGCUGGAGCCGGUGUAGGAGCCGGUGCCGGUGCUGGACUCGGUGCAGGUGCAGGAUUCCAUGCUGGAGCAGGAGUUGAUCAACAUGUUGGCGGUGCUGGCCUAGGUGGUUUCCAAGGUGCAGGAUUCAAUGCUGGUGCAGGUCUAGGUGCUGGUGUCGAACAACAUGUCGGCAUAUACUAA